UUCAACCGCUCUCUCUCUCUAUAUCGCUUCUUGAAGAAGAACAGGAGGAUUCAGGAUCAUCGGUUAUAUCCAUUUUUUCCCGUGAAAAGAUUUCAAAGAAUAAGCUAGUUAGGUUUAAAGAUGCUUGGAGAAGCCAUCACAAGAGGGCUCCUGAUGGUGCUAGGAUAUGCUUAUCCGGCGCUUGAAUGCUUCAAAGCCAUGGAGAAGAAGAAAUCUGACAUUGAAGAACUCCGAUUUUGGUGCCAAUAUUGGGUAAUUGUGGCCGUUUUAACAAUCUUGGAGAGAUUUGGAGAUGCUUUCAUUUCAUGGUUGCCUAUGUAUGGUGAACUCAAACUUGCACUGGUCAUUUACUUAUGGUAUCCAAAAACCAAGGGAAGUGGCUACAUUUACGAGAAUAUAUUGCAGCCAUAUGUUUCUAGACACGAACUAGACUUUGACCAUAAUUUGCGGGUACUCAGAGCCAAAGUUUGGGAUUUAGCCAUUUAUUAUUGGCACAACAGCACUGAGUUGGGUCAAGCUGCAACCUCCCAAAUCCUGCAACGGUUGACUUCUCAACAACCUGAAAAACCCGACAAAUCCAAGAAGAAAUGAUAGAUAUUUAUAAUAAUAAUAAUACUCAAAGACCUUGUUUUCUCAAAAGAAAGUCAAUUCAUGAUUUUGUACAGUUUCUAAUACCAACAUGAUCAUCAUUAGUUGAAGUUUUUUCAGUUC